GCGGAGCCGUAAUGUUUUAGUGCCUGCACUGAUACCGUGGAGGAGGGUCUUCUCUCUCUCUCUCUCAAUUGCCUCCUCUCCGUAGCUCUUGUGUGCCGCAACAGCACGCGCGACAAUCAUAAUAUCGCCCAACUCUCGACAACGCGUACAUAAGCGCACUCCUAGAGAUUGCGAGAGAGAGAAAGAGAGAAAAAGAAAGAGAGUACGACAGAGAGCAUCGCUCAUUAUGGCGGAGGAGGCGACGCACUAGGAAGUACCUCGAGACGAGGAUUUUUUAAUCGUGUGAAAACAAGUGAAUAUAGUUUACAAUUGUUAGAGCAGUCGCCACGGCUUUCACCGAGAUGGUCGGCCUCGCGGGCGGGGGAGCACAUCUCUACCCCUCGCCCCCGAUGCAGCCGCCUAACCCGGAGCUGAGAGAGAUUCCUGGUAUACAAACUAAUGCACCAACAAGCGCAGAUGCUUGUCUAAGUAUAGUGCACUCAUUGAUGUGUCAUCGGCAAGGUGGAGAGAGCGAAGGCUUUAGCAAAAGAGCUAUUGAAUCUCUAGUAAAAAAGCUAAAGGAAAAGAGAGACGAACUGGAUAGUUUAAUCACUGCUAUAACAACAAAUGGAGCACAUCCAAGCAAGUGUGUAACCAUACAAAGGACACUAGAUGGCAGGUUACAAGUUGCUGGUCGCAAAGGUUUUCCUCAUGUCAUAUAUGCUAGGAUCUGGAGGUGGCCAGAUCUACACAAAAAUGAACUGAAACAUGUCAAAUAUUGCCAAUUUGCAUUUGAUCUCAAAUGUGACUCUGUUUGUGUGAAUCCCUAUCACUAUGAACGAGUUGUUUCUCCUGGAAUUGACCCGUUCUUUACAGACCUGUCGGGUUUGACGUUGCAAUCGGGUGUCGGAGUUGGUCCUGGUGGUCGUCUCGUCAAGGAUGAAUAUAGCGUUGGACCAGCACCUGGUGUCGGUACACCUGGCAACUCGAGUAUGGAUGUCGAUGCCGAGAUGAAUCAAACUGUACAGCAUCAUCCAACUCAACCGCCGCAACAACCACCGCCACAAUCUAAUGGACCCAACAAUGGCCCAACCAGUGGGCAAUCCCCACAGAGCAAUCAAGGACAACCCUUCUUACCAGGACUUCCACAACCUACGAGUGUAAACGGUGGCGAAGGUAUGUUCAACGGUACAAGCAGCCAACAAACUGGCAACAAACUCGAGGACAGUAGCCCCCGGCAGAGUUGGAUUCCCCAAGGCCAACACCCCCGUGGCCCUACAACCUUACAACAUUUAGGCAAUCAACAGCAACCGUUGAACUCGACGAGCGGCAGCAGUAGUGGUCAAAUACUAAAUCCCUCACCGGGCCAGACUGCCGACUCGUUCUAUAGCACGACAACGCCGCCGCAGGAUCUCAAUCACGCGCCGAAUUCCGUCGAUGCCCUCGCUGCUACUUUACCCGGUGGCAGUCAAAGCUCGCCGGUGUCACCUGUGCACCUGCAACAUCAGAAUGGUUUUACCGUGGCGACGGUCGCCAAUCCAUACAACACCGGUGCACCGCAGUGGAGUGGCAGUAACACGCUCACUUACACCCAGAGUAUGCAGCCUCCGGAACAUCGGCAUCUUCACCCGUCGUCGUAUUGGGGUAAUCCUGGAGGUGACGUAGCAGGUAGCGUUACUGGUGGUCUUCUGUCGAGCCAACCAGCGCCGGAAUACUGGUGUUCAGUCGCCUACUUCGAGCUGGACACACAAGUCGGCGAGACUUUCAAAGUCAGCAGCAGUUGUCGGAGCGUUACCAUCGACGGUUACGUCGAUCCUAGCGGUGGUAACAGAUUUUGCCUUGGUGCUCUCAGCAACGUUCAUCGUACCGAACAGAGCGAGAGAGCUCGACUUCACAUUGGUAAAGGUGUAGUGUUGGAUUUACGAGGCGAGGGUGACGUGUGGUUGCGAUGCCAGAGUGAACACAGCGUGUUCGUUCAGUCGUAUUAUCUUGACAGAGAAGCCGGUCGAGCGCCUGGUGAUGCAGUUCAUAAAAUCUAUCCGGCAGCUUACAUCAAGGUGUUUGAUUUGCGACAGUGUCAUAAGCAGAUGCGUGGCCAGGCGGCAACUGCGCAAGCCGCUGCUGCCGCGCAAGCUGCUGCUGUCGCUGGACAUCUCACGCAUGGGGCGCCAAUCACUAAGAGCCUUAGCGCAGCUGCCGGUAUUGGUGUUGAUGAUCUCCGUCGUCUCUGUAUCCUACGUUUAAGUUUUGUUAAAGGAUGGGGUCCUGAUUAUCCUCGAACAAGCAUCAAAGAAACUCCAUGUUGGAUCGAGGUGCAUCUACACAGAGCUUUACAACUCCUCGACGAAGUCUUGCAUACAAUGCCAAUUGACGGUCCACGAGGGAUAGAAUAGCCGUGUUGAACAGCUCGCUAAAACAAAAAAGCACCACUGUAUUAUUCUAUCAAUUUUUCCCUUUUUCUUAUGGGGAUGAACCGAGCGAAAGUAUGUGCCUACCCAAAAGAAAGAAAAAAACCGUAUGAAGAGAGAUGCUCUGGCAGUUUAAUGCAACUGAACUGAAGAUUAACGAAAAAUUUUGAAGAACAGAAAAUAUAAACGAAUCCAGUGAUUAGAAGUCGCAUGGUGCGUACAAAAAAGCGAAUACAUACGAUAUACUUGAGUAGAAGACAAAACAAAAAAAAAGUGGCAUGCUAAUCGUUGUUGUAUGCAGCUCAAACGAGUGUGUGUGUGUGUGUUUUCUUUUUUUUAUCUAGAAAAUGCGGUGUACAUUGUAAUAAUUAUAUUGUGAAGGAUAAUGUAGUUGUUUUUUUUUCUUUUAAGACCGACUAGGCAACGUAAAAAAAGGUCUUGACCUGCGCAGCUUUUUUCUACACGCAUUAAUUAAACUUGGAGGGAAAUGCUCACAAAUGGCGUGAAAUAAGGGGAGGUCGACGAUCGUGCGAAAGAGAAAGAGAAAAAAAGAAAGAAAUUUAGUGCUCUUUUCGCAACUCGUUAUGAUUUAUCAAGAAAAAAUUAUAAUUCUAUUUGGCAUUUAAUUUUCCCAAGUUUUCGGUGCUAAGAGUGUUAAUCAACGUAAGAUGAAACUUACUUUUAUAUAAGAUUGUUGAAAGAAAGAAAAUGUUGAAAAAAAUAUUUAUAUGAUAAAUGAAAAACAAAUUGAUGAAACGUUGAAUUUGAAUGUUAUGCGAUUGUCGGCCUCCUUGAAAAUUUUGUGUGUGAGGAUGAGGACAGGGGUCAUUAUAAUCGUGCUGUAGGUGAGAAUUUUUUUUCUCUAUUUGAGGUGGAACAAACUAACAACUUCUUUUUUUCCUAAUACUUGACUAAGUAUAUUAUUGUUUUCUCGUGCAAAUUGUGUCAAACUAGGUAUGUGUUUGUUCCUCCUCCGAUUGUUUUUUUUUUCAAUGUUACUUUAUCAUGUAGUACUUGUUGAAUACUUAUAUAUUUACUGUUUAACGAACAUUUUUUUAUUAUUACAUAUUAUUAUUAAGACGAAUUAUUCAUAUUACACCCUAUUUGGAAAACAAUAUGGUGAAAUGACAAAUGACGAAAAAUCGAAACAAAUUAUGUAGCGAAACAAAUCUUUUUUCCCCGAGUAAUAGUCAUAAUUAUUAUCGCCUCGGCUUAGUUGAACAUACUUACAAAAAAAGCAAUCAUAGCAUAAGGAGAUACAUAUAUAUCGCAUUACCUGUAAAUGGACUUAUUAUUCAUAAACUUGCAUAGAUGCCUAUUAAGUAGUUGAAACCAGUCGUCAACUAAAAAGUUUUACAACUGUUUAUCGAUUUAUAUUAUGCUGAUUUUCAGUUUUUUUUUCAAUAAUGGGCAGUACUCCGAUUUGUUUAAGUUUUAAAGCAUUGAGGGUAGUUUAUGCCGCAGUAAUUAGCAUUGUUCGAGUUUUACUAUCAAUAUAGUUAUACAUAUACGUUUCAUACUGAUAUGAAAAAAUGUGAAAAAUUGCAUCAUUAUUGUGUAUUCAUUACGUGGGAAAGUGCAUAUUACAAAUGUUUCAAGUAUAAAUUUACUGUAGCAUUGGAAUCGUAAAAUACAGUUAGCAGUCGUUUACUCGACCACUCAACUACUGUUAAAGCAAUUUUUAUAAACUUUUUUAUUAUAAGUAGUUGAACUCUCGAGUAAAUCACUCGUCUGUUUUUCAAAAACGAUCCGUAUAUUUAUCUAUUUUGCUAAGUACUAUAUAGCAUAGUCCGUAAGAAUAUAGUAAGCAGAAAAUACCUAAUAAUACACGGCCACUACAACUUAUAUGUAAUUAAUAUGCAAUUUCGUGUGAUUGUUUCUUCUCCGACAAUCUAGUUCGCCAGCCAAUAAAAGUUUUAUUUUGAUUUUUUUUUGAUUUUUUUCGAUGCCAAUUGGUCAUCAUACAAGCUUCUCGUAAAAUUAUUUGAAAAUAGUGAAUGAAAGUGCUAAUUAUUUCCCUUCAUAUAAAACACGUAAACGUGACAAAGUGAUGAUUUUUUAGUUUCUAACAAGUGGCACUGUGAUGAUAUAUAAAAAACGACGAUGUAGUGCAAAAAUCGCCGAUAGUAGAACCUCAAUUAUACGCGGCCUGCAUUAUAUAUAAAUAGCUGUGUGUACCAAUGCCUUUUUUAUGUUUGAAAGAAAUAAUAACUAUAAUAAAAAUAAUCACUCACUGCCCAAGAGAUGAUGAUGAUGAAUAAUGAAGCAAAAAACAAUAGAGGCGUGGCAUACAGACAGAGAUCGGAGGCAAAAGACUCCAAUAUGAAAAAAAAAAUUAAAUGAAUAAUAAACGUAUGUGCCAUCUUUUAAUACUAAUUAAAAUAGCAAAUGGAGAGUAUAGUAAGAUUUUUUACGAUAUAAUAAAUCAUGUAUUUUUCAUGCGCGACCUGGCACACACAGAACCGUACGAUACACACAAUUUUGUAAUCGCUUACAUAAAUACAUAGACAUUACGAGGCAGUCUAUAAAAUUACGCGUGUGACACGUGGGAGGCACGCACAAACAUUAUUUCAUUGACAAUCAAAUCUUUUUCGUUUCUUUAUCUAUUUUUUUUGUUUGCAUUCGAUAGACUUAUAUUAAUUUUGACUGCCGCGUGUGCACACGUUCAGGUGUAUAUAGACGAUUAUUUAUAUGGCCCGAAAAUGUAGGAGAGAGAGAAAGAGAGAAAGAGAGAAGCGUAUGCGGCUCGACAAAUGAAAUCAAGUACAACGUUCAUGCUAUGCGCCUGUGUAUGAAACGGAGAGAGCGAAAAAAAUUAAUUAGCGAGUUAUAUAACGACGUACCUUAAAAUCUUUAAACAUAUACAAGUAUACAAAUAUAUAUAUACAUAUAUGUAUGUAUAUAUGUAUAUGUAUAUAUAAAUAUAUAUUAUAUAUAUGAGGGGAUAAACGAAGUUAUACACGCAUAUAUCAUA